AUGACCCCGACCGACCGCACUUUUCUCGCCUUCCAGCACAAUGCCAAGCUCCACAAUCUCCAAACCACCGUGAAAGCCAUCUACCCAUUCGCAGCCUUGGAAGAAUCCAACCGUCAGCUCUUCAAGCAAGGCACCGAUGAAGAUUACGCUGUUAUCACAGAGCAGACCAUUUUCCACCCCCAGGGGGGCGGACAGCCAUCGGACGACGGCACCAUGACUCACGCCUCGGGUGUAGCGUUCACGGUCGCAGCCGUGCGCAUGGACGCAGUACGCGAGGGCCAAGUCCUCCACUUCGGUCGGUUUAAUCAACCCACCGUCUUCUCCAAGGGAGAUACAGUCGAACAAGCAAUAGACGCGGACAAGCGUCUGCUGUACUCGCGUCUGCACACGGCAGGCCACGUCGUGGGUGCGGCGGUCAGGCACCUCUUGGAAAAGGAGGUGGAGGGUUUCGACGAACUCAAGGCUUCGCAUUUCCCUGAGGCGGCGGCGUGUGAGUUUCUGGGUGCUAUUGAUGGGAAAUGGAAGGAUCCGAUCCAGGCGAAAGUGAACGAGUUUAUUGAUGCCAAGUUGCCCGUCGAGGUGGACUGGUGGGAUGAGGAGGAGUUUCGAAGACGGGGGCUGGAGCGGUUACUGCCCGAUCCUGGUUCCGUGGCCAUUGCCCCCGGCGAGAAGUUUCGCGUUGUCAAUAUCGUCGGAGCUGAGGUGUAUCCCUGUGGAGGCACGCAUGUCGAUACGACGGAUCUAUGUGGUCCAACUACGGUGAGGAAGAUUACGAGGAAGGCCGGCAAGUCCAAGGUCAGCUAUACCGUAGCUGAUUGA